AUGGAUGAAGAGACGAAGAAGAUGUAUGCAAUGAGCGCAUCACUUCGGCGCUUGUGCUGCCCAAAACCAUCAAGCGGGAAACUGGAGGUGUCACCGGAGGUGUACAAGCAGUGGAAAUUGGGUGGAGACCAAAGGAAAGCCCUUUUGAAAGUCUUGAUCAAUGCUGAUGGGAACCGGGAGUUGUUCAAGAAACGCAUUGAACACAUACAGAAGAGAUCCCGUCGCAAUAAGCUACAUGUUCAGAAGGGCUUCUACACGAAAGAGAAAAUGCGUACACAAUUGAAGUGGAAUGCGUCCCGAAUCAAAGCAGCUGUGAAGUUCUGCACCCAGCCAUCCAGAGCUAAGACAUAUGUGAGGCGCGACAAGUAUGAAAGCAACAUCAAAGAGUAUUGGGUGGAUGUUGAGACCACCGGUUCUUUCGAAGCUGAGGAAGCUGAGGAGCUUAAUGAUCAUACCAUUGGUGAGGGUGAUGCCGGAGAUUCCUUCACUCUUGGUCUCCCAGCCUCACAGGUCCUGGCUGAUCACCAAGGCGAUGAACCUGAAGAUGUCACGGACAUGGAUGUGUCGGAAGACGAUGGCGAUGGCGCAGGUAGCUCUAAGUCAAGGGCUAAGGUCCCACCAAAGAAUGAUGCUGAACGGGAGCAUGCUCUUGAGGCUGUGGAGAAUGUGGGACCUGUGAUGGCAAACGUUUUGCGCGUCAGCUGCAAGCUGGAUACUGACCGUGAGAAGUUGAUGGCAUUAGAUCAAACGCCUGAGGUGCAAAAGAGCAUUUCGGCCGUUGACACGUUCCGGGCUUCGCUGAUGACCUACCAUGACCAAUUGGCUGAUCUCAAGUCAUACUUUGAUGGUCGGGGUUCUGAUUCCUUUGAUGAAGGGAAAGUGAAGGCAUUGGACAACCUGGUCGAAAAGGUUGAAGCUGAGGCAUCGCGCGCGAUGAUGGAAGAUACGAAGCUCCGAAAGACCCUGCUGAAGCCCAUGAAAGAAGCCAAAGGUGCCUACUUUGACUGGGUGCUGGCCGCACUUCUCCUGCAGGUGAACCAGGGCCAAAACGGCUUCCAUGUGGUCCUGCUGCAAAAGCAAUUGCUACUGCGGUGGCUCAUGGGGGUCUAUGGAGGGAAAAAACAGAAAAACAAACCUCUUUUGAAGCUCAUGGGCCAUUUGGCAAAUGAGUUGAAGGUGGCUUUCUACCACGGUAUCGAUGUGUCUUGCUUCGACUGGGAGUUUUACGGUGGUGCUUUUGAUGACCAGUGCGCGGCUAUAUUUGAAGAUCUUAAGGACUUCUGUUCGAGAAAACAUCUCUCACUUCAUAUGACUGGUUUGACUCGCACAUUGCUGGGAUAUAGCAAAUCCAGUGAGUAUCCAACUGCGAAUUGGUUCAAGGGACAAGACACGGUUUCCCUCCUACGGUUUUUGGAGGAACGUAUUGAGAUGGAGAUACCACACAUAGAUGCGGAGUCAAAGCAAUACUUCAAAGCAAUGCUUUCAACAGUGGCUGCUGCAAACUCCUUUUUUAGUUGUAUGUAUCAGGCAGCGCUGUUUCUCAAGCCUUCUGAGCGAGAUCUUUUGUUGGAUUCUGGGCAUACUUGUGCCAAUGCCUACAGGGAUUGCGCUCAAAGAGCAUUUGCGUGGGGGAUUACGCGGUGGAAAUUUCAACCCAAACUCCACUUUUUCGGAGAGAUCCUGCAUCCGUUAGAGGUGCAGCAGCGCGAAAACCGCCCAUCCGUCAACCCACUGGCCUGGGGUACUCAGGCUGACGAAGAUUUUGUUGGCACUAUAUCGACUUUUAGCCGCAUGGUCAGUGUACGGACGGUCCAUGAAAGGACCAUCCAAAAAUACCAGGUAGGAUUGGCCAUGAGAUGGUGAAGGGAGG